AAGGGGCCGCCUCGCCCUGAGGCACUGAAGAGAGCAUGCGCGACUUCUCGCUAAGCGCCGGCCUUGCUCGCUCGCUGGCAUCUUCUCCACCCCUGGCGGACGGCUCCAGGCGAUGGCCUCUGUCGUGGCGGCGCUGGCGCAGCCCCUUCGCCUCCGCCCCGCCCGCCUGGUGCCGCUCCUUGGGCCGCUCCUGAGGGAGGCGGCGCGGGGCUGGCGGGGGCUCGGCGGGAGCGAGGUGCUUAAAAAAAGCCUUAGGAGGGGGGUCACUCUCGCCACGGGGUCCUUCGUGUUCUGUGAGGCUCUCAGGCUGGUCUCCGGCUCUGCUGUGAUUCAUGCCAGCUUCAAAGUGGCAGAAGUUAUAGAGCAAGCAGACUACCUGUAUGGGAGCGGAGAAACUGAAAAGCUCUAUCGGUUGCUGGUUCAGCAUAAAAAUAGUGAGGAUGCAGAGUUGUUAUGGCGGCUGGCACGAGCGUCACGAGAUUUAGCUCAGCUCAGCAUUACUUCUGCAGAAGAGAAAAGACAACUGGCAUAUGAUUCCCUUGAGUAUGCAAAAAGGGCACUAGAAAAGAAUGAAGCAAAUUCUGCAGCACACAAGUGGUAUGCGAUUUGUCUCAGUGAUGUUGGAGAUUAUGAAGGAAUCAAGGUUAAAAUUGGAAAUGCUUUUAUUAUCAAGGAGCACUUUGAGAGAGCCUUUGAACUGAAUCCGAAAGAUGCAACAUCAGUUCAUCUUAUAGGCGUUUGGUGUUACUCCUUUGCUGAAUUGCCAUGGUAUCAACGAAAGAUAGCUGCAAUGCUAUUUGCAACACCUCCAACUUCCACGUAUGAAGAGGCCCUUCGUUACUUCCACAUGGCGGAGGAAGCUGACCCAAGUUUCUACAGCAAAAAUUUGCUUUAUCUUGGGAAGACAUACCUGAAGUUAAACAACAAAAAGAUGGCUCUUCUGUGGUUAAGCAAAGCAAAGGAUUAUCCUGCACACACAGAAGAGGACAAACAGGUACAGAAAGAAGCUUUGGAGUUGCUUAAUUCUAUAUAACAAGAAACAAGAUACUGGGAAUUCAGUAUCUCAGAGUAAGCAGCAUAGGAAAAGGAACCUAAAUACCAUUUUUUUUCUCUUGAAGUUGUUAAUAAAAUUAUAGUCUAAACUUGC